UAUCGUUAGUGCCCUCUUUGCUGUUACACCUCUAACGCGUCGUCGUGUCGUCGAAUAUGUUUUAAUUUCCUGCAACUACAAGGCUUCACAAUCGACACAGAAUGCUCCCUCAAUUGCAUAACAGCAGCAUUUAUGCAUGAGUGUGUGUGUGUGUGAGACCGAAACACACCACACCACGCAGCCAGGCCAGCUAGAGACGGCAGUAGCAACAACAAGAGGCAUCAUCGGCUGCAUCGACCGGGCGCCACAGCCACGCGUGUUCCCAUCAACAACUCACACUCACUGUGAAUUUUGCUGCAUUUAGCAGAAUAACCAAAAUCAUUGGAUAUCAUUAAACACAGCAAAAUUGCGAGUGCGAAGCGAGGCUACAGGCUAUAACCACAGGCUAGAAUGUUUCGUUGCUGACUAUCGAUAGAUAUUCGAUAGUCUCGACCAUCGCCACCAACAACAGUAUUCAUUCGAACAAUUUUACAUAACUACAUCGCAGUCAUCGUCGUACGACUCGAGUGAGUGAUAUGGCCGUGUUCCUGAUCAACGUCUGUAAAUACAGUGGCUGCGGCAUCACAUUUCCAAGCUUAAGCGAUCUAAUAUCACACAUCGAGGACACCCAUAUAGACUAUGAUCCUAAGGUGGUCGAACAGAAGGAGCAGGCCCAGCCUGCAUGCUUGCCACUGAGCUACGUCCUGCGCUUCGUCACGGAGGACAAUCGCAAGGAGGCAACCACCUUCCUGGCCAACAACACCGCCCCACCUGCCACCAAUAGCGGCAGCAAUGCCGGCAGCCACGGCAGUGGCAAUGUGGAGCUCAAGCGAAAGCUGGCCAUCAAGCACCACAGCUACAGUAUGUCGUCGUCCAAUCGCAGCACCACGCCCACAGGCAGCGAAAUGGACGAGGAUGAAAUGGUUGUCACGGAGUCCGAGGACAGCAAUGAUUCCUGGACCACCGAGGAGUUUAGCUCCGAGUUUAUCAUGCGCUAUGGCAGCAGGCAUUCCGGCGGCGGAAGCAAUGGCACGCCUGGCAAUGAGAAACCCUUCGCCUGCCCUGUGCCCGGAUGCAAAAAGCGUUACAAAAACGUCAACGGCAUCAAGUACCAUUCGAAGAAUGGCCACAAAAAGGAUGGAAGAGUGCGAAAGGGUUACAAAUGCCACUGCGGGAAGAGCUACAAAACAGCGCAGGGCCUGAAGAAUCAUGCCCUCCACACCCACAACGCGCAGCCGGAGAGCGUGCUGACCACCCAGCAGGUGGCCAAUGCUGCGGCUGCCGCUUCUUCUUCCGUGAGUGGUGGCAGCACCAACAGCAGCUCCAAUCCCACUCCGCCCGCCAUCCAGCGCAGCAACUCCCCAUCGCAGUCGCUUGGCUCGCUGAGCCCGUCGAGCAUUAGCAACAUGUCGAGCAGCGCCAGCAGCUGUCAUGGGGGCAGCAGUCUGUCCAACAACAACAACAACAUCAACAACAUUAAUAACAACGGCAACAGCAGCGGCAGCAGCCAGAACACUGCACUCGUUGCUGGUGGCGGCAAUAUGUUGCAGCAGCUUAGCACUGGGAACGUGGUCACACUGACCAAUGUUCCAUCUCAGCAGCAGCCGCAUCCACAGCAGCAGCAUCAGCAUCAUCAUCAGAACCACCACCAGAAUGGCGGCUCAGCAACAGGUAACAGCAACAACAACAAUUUAAUGCGCAGCACACUCGGUUUAGUAUCCAUUAAAGCCAAUAGCCACAGCCACAGCGGCAGCAACAACAGCAAUGGGAACAACUCAAAUCCCAAGACUGUUAGCAACCUAAUGGCUGCCAAUGCAACGGCCAGUAAGAUACUCAAGCUGGCCACCAACGUGGCCAACGGUGGCUCUGUAGCGCCCAAUGUGGUCGACAUAGUCCAGCAGCACAAAAUCGUUGACCAAGUGGUCAAGACCAACAGCAAUGGCCCGACGGUGAUCAACAGCAGCAACAGCGCCAACAAGAUGCCGUUGCCAAACUUGGUGAACCUUGGCAUACUCACGCCAGCCACCUCGCCCACCAAAAACACCCAGACGCUGACCUUCACCACCACCAGCAACAGCAAUCAGCAGCAGCAGCAGCUGGUAGCCUCGCUCACCUCGAACAUGCAGAAGCACCAGAAGACCAGCAUCCUGCUUCUGCAGGAGCCGGCCACUCCUAGCCAGAUACUGCAGCCAAUCCAGGCACAACAGCAGCAUCAACAGCAGCAGCAUAUGCAGUUGCAGCAACAGAUGCAACAGCAUCAUGUGCUACCCAUCAGCCCCACGAGCAGCGUCAGCGGCAACAGCAGCAAGAGCAGCUCGCCCACGCCACAACAGCAACAACAACAGCAGCAGCAGCAGCAGCCACUGAUAAAGAAGGGAAAGGUGGAGCCCGUAUCCGGCAUUGAGCCCAUGGAGACGGAUGAGCCGCCGCUGAAUGAUGCGAUCUCGGAGAGCGUGGCGGCGGUCAUAGCCACCAUCGCAGAAGCCAGCAGCAAGGCAGCAGAAGAGGCGAAUGUGAUCUCAGCAGCAGCGGCAGCCAAUGCUGUCUCCACUGUCACGGUGGCGGCCAUUGAAGUUGUCGGCGCUGGCGCCGCCAACGACGAGACGUAGCCUAUACUAAAGCAGCUACUGAUGCAUCGCCAACUGACGCUGGAGCCGCCCGAGCUGCCACAGCCGCCACAGCUGCAACCUCCACCGGCGCAUUGACAUGCUUCGUAUACGAAAACAAUGGGGAAGGGAAACCAGACCCCCUGAAACAUUCUCAAGAUCGUUGCAAUCGUUUGAAUCGUAGUUUAUCCCUUAGUUAACCUCUGACACCUAUGAUAUUAAGCUUAAGGGGCCGCCAAGAUCUGAGUGGGCCACAAGUCACUCACCAAAACACCAUUGGAAACAUUUCGUAGACUGCUUACAUGCUUAGAGACCACCAGGAACAUAAGUUGUGUUUUAAUUUAAAAUGUAAACCUUAGUUCUUGGAACCACAAGAAUCCCACGAAUCUUUAAAGGAGCGACAAUGGAGAGUCGAAUCUACACAACAAAUCUCAUUGUUUGUGCAAUAUUUUAUUUCUGUAUAUUUAAUUCUUAGAGAGAGAGAUUUAGUAAUGAUUUAUUAUGAUGAUUAUCUGUAACAAUGACUUUCAAGCUUGUAUUAAACUAAUUACAAUUGCUGAUCUCCUUUUAAUUUGUAAUUUAAUUUAAUUAAUUUAGAAGAUAGCGCCUAGAAGCACUCCCUCCUAGACGAAGCGCCAAGGACAAUUGAAAUAAAAUGCAAACAGCAGAUGCGCAAUACUCGUAUUAUGAACUCAAUAAUUUCAUUGUCUUACGCCUAUUCCUACUCGUAUUCGGCAACAAUCAAGUAUUAUUUAUGUUUUAAGCAUUAGCAAAUUGAUUUUUAAUUAUAUAAUAUACAAUAUUAAGCGCCCCAA